CAAAGGGAGCACUGGAGACUAGCUGGCCCUGGAGGGGGAGCACUGGAGACUAGCUGGCCCUGGAGGGGCCGCUCUGCUACUACUGUAAACAUUACUCUCAGAAAGUCGAUGCUGCAUCAGAGAAAUUGUGCCAUCCAUAAAGCCGCAUCCUCCUGUUGUGGGCAAAGUGACUCAUCACAGCAUCGAACUGUACUGGGAUCUGGAAAAGAAAGACAAACGGCAAGGACCACAGGAGCAGUGGCUUAGGUUCUCCAUUGAAGAGGAAGACCCCAGGAUGCACAAUUACGGUGUCAUUUACACGGGUUAUUCUACAAAGCAUGUGAUUGAAGGUCUAGAACCAAGGACACUGUACAAAUUUCGACUGAAGGUCACCAGCCCCUCUGGAGAAUAUGAGUACAGUCCAGUCGUCUCGGUAGCUACAACAAGGGAGCCCAUAAGUAGUGAGCACUUCCAUCGUGCUGUCAAUGUGAAUGACGAAGAUCUCCUGCUUCGAAUACUGGAAGGAGGCACUAUAAAGGUGGAUGUCCCCAACAAGUUUGGCUUUACUGCCCUCAUGGUUGCUGCUCAGAAAGGCUAUACCAGGCUUGUGAAGAUCCUAGUUUCCAAUGGCACAGAUGUGAAUCUGAAGAACGGAAGUGGCAAGGACAGUCUCAUGCUUGCUUGUUAUGCGGGGCACCUAGAUGUUGUGAAAUACCUCCGAAGACAUGGAGCUUCUUGGGAUGCUAGAGACCUUGGAGGCUGCUCAGCUCUGCACUGGGCUGCAGAUGGAGGCCACUGCCCUGUGAUUGAUUGGAUGAUAAAGGAUGGCUGUGAGGUGGAUGUUGUAGACACUGGUUCCGGAUGGACACCACUCAUGAGAGUCUCUGCUAUGACAGGAAGCCAGAAGGUAGCUUCUCUCCUCAUCGAGGCCGGGGCUGAUGUGAAUGUGAAGGACAAAGAUGGAAAGACGCCUCUCAUGGUUGCAGUCUUGAAUAAUCACGAACAGCUAGUUCAGUUACUUCUUGAAAAAGGGGCAGAUGCAAGUGUGAAAAACGAGUUUGGCAAAGGUGUCCUAGAAAUGGCCAGAGUUUUUGAUAGACAGAAUGUAAUCUCCUUACUAGAAGAAAGGAAAAAAAAGCUGCCAAGGAAGUCCUCUGUCCACUGACUGAAGCACCACCCGUCUGAGAGACCAACCGAAUGAAAUCGAAAACCCUGACUGGUGGGCUGGACAUGUGACAUGCGGUGUCUCUGAGGCCAAGACGUUUAUUUAUUUAGUUGAAGAUUCACAGUGACUUUUAUGUAACAGGCAACUCUUCCCACAUUGAAAUACAUCUUUUUACCUAAGCACGUGCACAUGUGGUCUCCUCACUGGGCGUCCAUAGAACAGGAAUGUUUUCUUGCCCUGUGCCUUUGCAGUUAGAUGUGAAACCAAAUAUUUAUGUGCUGGCCCUACAGAAUGGUGCCCCUUCCCCCCAAGCUGUCCUCGAGAUGCUCCAGGCCUUACUGGCCUUCUUCUUCUCAUGUGUUUCUUAUUGUCUCUCCCACCCCACUGCAGUCCAGGCUGCUGUCACCUCCCGCAGUGGGGUGCCUCCAAAGCACCCAGGCAGUUUUUCUUAGGUUCUUGGCCUCACAUUAAAGCUCAAAAAUACA